AUGUCUUGGAAAACUGCCUUGCAGACGUCAGCUACAAUCGUAUCAAUUGCCAUUAUUAUCAAUGAACUACAAAAAGCGUACCGGCAAGUGACCACCAGCGAGUCAGGCUUAACAUCGCUCCCUCCGAGAUCAAGAGGUAUUGAAUCUAGGAUAGGAAACACCGCCCUAAUCGAGAUUAAAACUUUGUCAGCGAAAACAGGAUGCAAAAUAUAUGCAAAGUUGGAAUUGAAUAAUCCAGCUGGAAGCUCAAAAGAUCGAGUAGCGUUGGCAAUUAUAAGAGCUGCAGAAUCGCAGAACCAAUUGGUACCUCAUGAACAAAAUGUAAUUUUUGAAGGUACCUCCGGAUCCACAGGUAUCAGUUUUGCAGUAUUGGCUAAUGCAUUGGGAUACACUGCACAUAUUUGUCUUCCAGACGAUACCUCACCCGAAAAGUUGCAGCUACUUGAAGCAUUGGGUGCUGAAGUUGAAAAAGUGAAACCUGCAAGCAUUGUCGAUCCUAAUCAGUACGUAAAUGCAGCAAAAAGAGGUGCUGAUGCUAUCAAUAAUGAUCCAACAAAUGACAGAAAGGCUAUUUUUGCCAAUCAAUUCGAAAAUGAUUUCAAUUGGAGAAUACAUUACACCACUACGGGGCCCGAAUUGAUUAAACAAUUGGAUCAUAUAGAUGUGUUUAUAAAUGGGAGUGGUACAGGUGGUACCAUUGCGGGAGUUGGAAGAUGUUUAAAAGAACAUAACAUUGAAACAAAAGUGAUCUUAGCCGAUCCACAAGGAAGUGGACUUGCCAAUCGUAUCAAUUUUGGGGUAUUGUAUGAUACAGUGGAAAAAGAAGGUACAAGGCGGAGACAUCAAGUUGAUACAUUAGUUGAAGGUAUUGGUCUUAAUCGUCUCACCUGGAAUUUCAAACAAGGAGAACCAUACAUUGACGAAGCAGUUAGAGUAACCGAUGAACAAGCACUGAAGAUGGCAAAGUAUUUAUGUAUCAAUGACGGGUUAUUCUGGGGCAGUUCAGCAGCAAUUAAUUGCGUUGCUGCUGUCAAGACAGCUUUGAAAUAUGGUCCUGGCCAGAAUAUCGUUGUUGUUGCUUGCGAUUCUGGUGAUCGUCAUUUGUCCAAAUUUUGGAAGCAUGCUGUGCAAAUACCCAAUGACAUCACGUUAGAGGACGUCUUGUUGGAGGAGAGAAAUUAG